UGGCAAAAUGACUGGUAACGAGAAACUGUAAAUGUCGAGAGAAGACUGGAUCACAAGGCGCGAAAGAUUGGCGCGAAAAUUCAGUAAAUAUCAAAUAUGGCGGCGUCGGGAGACGAACUGGAGGAUGAAGAAUACGAAGCUUUAGCCUAUCAGCAGCGUUUAAAAGCUGCUCUGCAUUAUACAGUAGGUCGAAUUUGUGAAAAGGCAGGUGAAGAGUCUGGUUUACGAUUUUCCAGGCGAUUUAUUGCAGCCUUAACAGAGACAACUUUCAAGCAAUGUGAAUCUUUUGCAACAGAUCUUGAGCUAUUUGCAAAACAUGCAAAGCGAACUCAAAUCAACUGUGAUGAUGUGCAGCUACUCGCUAGAAAAAGUUCAACUCUGGCUGCGCACAUUGAGGACAUGAGCAAAGAAAUGGCCAAAGCACAUGAAGCUGACAAGGCAAACAGGAAGAACAAAAAGGCAAAGAAGAGUAAACCAGCCCAGAAAAGUGCAGCCCCAAUUGAAAUUGAAGAUGAAAGUUGAUUUGACAGUGAACUGUCCUUUUAAAAUUCGUGGCAUCAAGUUUUUUUGUAAAUAUCGACUGAAUGAAAUACUGAGAUCAUUGUUGAAUUUGAGCAAUAAUAUAUUAAGGAUGGUGCUUAUUAAAUAUCAAAGGUCUUGGCCCAAAUAAGGACUACAUGUACAGUACUACAACAUUAUACUUUUUAAUUUUUGAACAGCUCGGCCAGGCUGCUUGAGAUUUAUGAAACUGAAGAAUAAUUUAUAUCAUGGACACCCCAAGUAGUACUACAUGAAGAAUAUUUUAGUUGUCACUCAAUUAUGCCAAGGUACAUCUACAUUAUGGGGGUCUUGCAAAGGGAGGCAUGCUCCCAAGGUAGAACAUAUACUUUGUUUACUGACAAUUGAACUUUUCACAGAACCAUAAGAUGGGAUUGGUCAAGGUUUUCAGUUCAGUACAUGGGAUCAAGUGAAGGUUUCGCCCUCCAAAUACUUCCUGGUGUUUCCAAAAUCUCACACAGUUAAAGUGAUGCCUUGUUAAAAGAAACAACAAGUAUUAAACAUGUUUAAAAUUUUA